UCAGUUGAUGCCCAGCGACACCCACUGCUGGCCUGUCUGGCCGGUGACGUAGCCCAGCUGGCCCCACUGGAACUCACAGUCGUCAUUGCCCUCCUCGUUGUUGAACCCCUUGACCACCCCCUCCAGCCCGUGUUGCCGCACCUCAUCCAGCCGGGCGCGAUGCACCACCUCGCGAAGCCCCAGCCUCCUGUGUGUGUGCAAAUGCCCCGCGUCGACAGCGAAGCACUGCAGCUGCGGCACACGCACCAUCUGCCCGUCCGGCCCCCGACUCCACCCGCCCACCACCUCCCGAUUGCUGACUGUCUUGGUCGCUGCCCACUUGACGAAAUGUUCAACGGCCCCCCGGACGCGCCGCUUGAGUGCCGAUGCGUUGGUGAGGUAGCUGUUGAUGGCGGUGAGUGCGGCGGGGGGGUCGUGCAGGAAGGCCCCGAUCUUCCAUGCGAUGGCGGCGGCCUCCUGUGGUCCGAAUGAGAGUGGGGAGGGGGAGGGCGGGUGGGGGAGGGAGGGGUCCUCGUCGUUGUGGUCCACAAAGGGCAGGAUGCGCGUCAUGAGGAUGUUGGCAUCACGCUGGGGGGCGAGGGCGGCGUUGAUGGCGUCCAUGACGACGAAGGGCAGCUCGUUGAGUACAACCACGUACUCCUUCAGCACCAGCUCAUGCCGCUUGCGCUCAAUGGGUGUGGUGGGCAGCACACUCGUCGAGAGGUCGGCUCCCGCCCGCAGCAGGGACCGCACCAGCAGCUUGAGGUUGCGAAUGCCAUCAGCUGUCUCGUCCAGCAUGUCGUCGUCGUCGUCGUCGUUGUCGUCAAGCAGGUCUUCCAGUUCCCCUGCAGCAUGCCAGAGCGGCGGGGCAACAGCCUGUGCAUGGUUGAUGUCAGCGGGAGUGGCAAGACGCUCGCACAGGUAGUCCACCACACAGUGGCUGCCGUGAUAGGCGGCAAACCGCAGUGAAAAACGCACUGAGUCGGCCGGUAUGGGGUUGCCGUGGUGCACCAGGGUGUCCAUGUACUCGUAGGUGAAGGCCUUGCACAGAAGGGGUCAUGAAAUAGCUGCGUGGAGCACCGCACGGCCACUCAGUGACGGGUUAUGCUGCAGCAGCCGGCGGGCCACUCGGAUGAGGGCAUCGCCAUAGGCUUGCGAUGGCCGGAGGGGAGGGAAGACGGGAAGACGGAAGGAUAUAUUGUUGACUUGAUUUGUGGCCAACAACACCUCCACUGCCUCAAAGUUGCCCGUCUCGAACGCCACACGGAUCGGCCUCCUCCCGUCACCGGGGUGAUGGAUGUUGACGUUGGCGCCGCAGCUGAUGAGCGCCUCGAGUAUGUCCCGCUGCAGUUGGCGUGACGACCACGGUGUGAGCAGCAGGGGCGUCUUGAGGUCCGAAUCCAUCCGCCACACAGGGGGGACGCUGCCGGUCGGGUCGUCAAUCGCCAGCGACAGCAGCGGCACCCACUUGGUGCGUCGAUGGACUCCAGAUGCCUUCUCGCGGAGGCCGACCAGUGCGUCGGGGUCGGCUUCUUUGGUCUGGAUGAGUCGUGUGGCAAUGGCGGGCGUCAGCUCACGGCGCAGAAUGCGGUGGACGAGCCGCUUGGUGGCGGGGCUGGUGUUGUGCUGCCAGCAGAGGUCGAUGCCGUCAUUCAGUAGAGGCGGCUGGGCGGUGCUAUCGGGCUGCUCGGACAU